CUCAAGAAAAAGAACAACAUGGAAACAAUUAAUUAUGAAUCUGAUAUAAUAGAGAAACAAAUAACAAUGUCGGGGAAAGAUAGUGAAGAGAAAGCCAAAUGUUACAAUUUCGAUGAAGCUAUCGACUUAGCAGGCAAUGGCUGGUACAACAUCGGACUCUUAAUAACCCAGAGCAUCACAUUAUUAUCGAUGGGUCUCGACCUGUUCAGCUUUUCCGUGGUGGUAGCUUUCGCCAGCUGUGAUUUUCAACUUAGUAUGGUACAGAAGAGUAUUCUCGUUUCUGUACCUUUUACAGGGCCAGUGUUAACAGCGUACGCAUGGGGCUAUUUCUCCGAUACAAGAGGUCGCAAGAAAAGUAUGACAAUUGGUAUGUUUGUCAGUUUUGUGAUGUCAACCUUAUGCGCCUUCUCUCCUAACUGGAUAGUGAUGGGUGUAUUAAAACUUAUUGGAACGUGUUUUUGCAGCUGUGCUCAGUCAGCAUCGUACACAUUGUUGGGAGAAUCGUGCCCAGGUCGUAUUAAGGGACCUUACUUGCUUGUUAUGACCAGCAUACUUCACCUGGGUUUACCCACUUACAUGACCAUAGCCUACUGCGUAGGCAAUCUCGACUUCUUCUACGAUUUGGGUUACAUAUCCUUUAAGCCUUGGAGAUUACUAGUACUGAUAUUGGCGUUACCUUUGGGUUUGGGAGCAGUCUUAUUGCAUUUCUUCUUCGAGAGUCCUAAGUUUGUACUGAAUGCAGGAAAUGAAAAACAAGCUUUGGAGAUUUUGAGAAAAAUUCACAAGAGGAACGGCGGUUUAGAGGAAUAUUCAGUACAACACCUAACUCUAAACGAAGAGGGCAACAUUAAACGUAAAGAAGGGUCUCUCCUAGAAUCCUUAUGGCAACAAACUGCACCAUUGUUCAAACCUCCACUGCUACGGAAUACAGUGAUCCUAUAUUAUUUGGUUUUUAUUUCUUUUAGCAUAAGCGGAAGUUUAUACGUUUGGCUACCAUUCAUAGCCAAGGCCUUCACUUCACCGGAAUUAAAUCAUACGGAAGGUCUUUGUGCUAUGGUAGAGCUGACAUCUUCUAUCAGCAGCGUGCAUACUACUUGCACAUCGUCAUCUACUGCGAUAGAGCUCCCACUGGUCCUAACUGUGAUAGUAUCGGGCGCAUUCUUCAGUUCUGUCAACGUCAUCAUGUCUAGAUUUGCUUUAAGGAGAAAAGCAUCUCUCAUUAUGAUCUAUGCAUUUGCUGGCAUUUGUUGCGCUUUGACCACUUCUAUUCCAAAUAAUAUUGCUGGCCUUUUCUAUUUUGGAGUAUUUUCAACAAGUCUUUGCAUGGGACCAUUGUUUGCUUAUUUUGUAGAUCUCGUUCCAACGUCUUUCCGGGGUAUGGCAGCGUGUCUCGGAGUGAUGGUAGCUCGGAUCAGUAGCGUGGCGGGAAUCAAUCUUGUUGGACCUUUUAUAACUUCGCACUGCUCAGUUACUUUUUACUGUCUUAGCGCUUUUGCAUUGAGUGGAGUCUUGGUGUCAUUGUUAUUACCAGCAGAUAAACGAAAGUCUCCUACAGAUAAAUAGAGACAUUGUACAAAUAUACAUAUCUACAAAU